AGGAGGAUGGGUGGGGACGAGUGACAGCCCCUGGCAACUCCUCAAUCCCAGAAUGGGAUACAGAUCUGGCUCUGCUCAUCUCCAUGACCUCAGCUACAUCUACAUCAUGAUAAUGGGGUCUACUGGGAAGAAAAAAGACGCUCAGAGACCCACUCAUGGAUGUACCACUAUCCCCAAACUUGCCUUGGAGUUGAAGCAGAUCAUUCAUUGCACCGCCCUCACCAAACUGCCCCCAGCCACCCCAUUACGGGUGAUAAUGCCUCUGGCACAGCUCACCAAAGGAGCCAGCUUGGAGGACCUUAUAGAGAUGUGCAUUCAGUCUUUUGAUUCUGAGGGAAAUGUGUGUGAAAGCAACCAUUUGCUGCAAAUCUUACUGACCAUGCACGGCUUCCUGAUCCCCUCUGCUGAUCUGCUAAACAAGCUCCAGAAACUAUAUGAGGAUUCCCUUAAGAAGCGAUCUCUACAAUUCUGCAAGAAGAUUUGCUACUUUGUAAGAUACUGGAUGACUGAGUUCUGGGUCAUGUUUAAGAUGGAUUCCAACCUCACUAAAUCCAUGGAGGAGCUUCAGGAUAUGGUGAGAGCACAAGGGGAAGAGACACACUGGUGUCUUCUGGAUACUACUCAGAUAAAUAAUCGUGACUGGUCUCGUAAAUUGACACAGAGAGUAAAAGCUAAUUGUAGCAAGAAGAGGAAAGUAUCUUUGCUGUUUGACCAUUUGGAACCAGAAGAGCUUGCUGAACAUCUGACCUACCUUGAAUUUAAAUCUUUCCGUCGGAUCUCUUUUUCUGAUUAUCAGAACUACAUUGUGAAUGGCUGCGUGAAGGACAAUCCUACCAUGGAGCGUUCAAUUGCUUUGUGUAAUGGGGUCUCUCAGUGGGUUCAACUAAUGGUUUUGAGCCGACCGACUCCCCAGCUUAGAGCUGAAGUUCUCACUAAAUUCAUCCACGUUGCCCAGAAACUUCACCAGCUGCAGAAUUUCAACACGCUAAUGGCCAUUAUUGGCGGCUUGUGUCACAGCUCUAUCUCCAGGCUUAAGGAGACCAGCUCUCAUGUGUCACAUGAAGUUAGCAAGGUCCUUAAUGAAAUGACAGAACUGCUCUCCUCGUCCCGGAACUAUGAUAAUUACAGACGUGUGUACAAUGAGUGCAGCAACUUCAAGAUUCCCAUACUGGGAGUGCACUUGAAGGAUCUCAUCUCUCUCUAUGAGGCCAUGCCUGACUUCCUAGAGGAAAAGAAGAUUAAUGUGCCAAAGCUACACUCUCUCUAUAACCACAUCAAUGAGCUCAUACAGCUGCAGAACAUUGCUCCUCCACUGGAUGCCAAUAUGGAUCUUGUACAUCUACUUACGCUCUCUCUUGACUUAUACUACACAGAGGAUGAAAUGUACGAGCUGUCAUAUGCACGUGAACCACGGAACCACAGGGCACCGCCAUUAACACCAUGCAAGCCUCCUGUAGUAGCAGACUGGGCAUCAGGCGUCUCUCCAAAACCAGACCCCAAAACUAUCAGCAAGCAUGUGCAGAGGAUGGUGGAUUCAGUUUUUAAGAAUUAUGACCUAGACCAAGAUGGGUACAUAUGCCAGGAAGAGUUUGAAAAGAUUGCCACCAGCUUCCCCUUCUCUUUUUGUGUGAUGGACAAGGAUCGGGAGGGGCUGAUCAGCAGAGAAGAGAUAACGGCGUACUUCAUGCGAGCCAGUUCCAUCUGCUCCAAGCUGGGCCUGGGAUUCCUUCAUAGCUUCCAGGAGACCACCUAUAUGCGCCCCACCUUUUGUGACAACUGUGCAGGAUUUCUAUGGGGAGUUAUCAAGCAAGGAUACCGCUGCAAAGACUGUGGGAUGAACUGCCACAAACAGUGCAAAGAGCUGGUGGUGUUUGAAUGUAAGAAGAGAAUUAAAUACCCAUCAGCAGAGAACUGUAUAUCCUCUGAAACAGCAAAUCCAGAUGUCAGUCCAUCAGGGAACAAAGAACUAACAAAUGAUUGCUCUGGAGCUGAUGAGGAGGCAUUUUCUUACCCAAAUAUAGACAGUAGUGAUCAUUCAGAGGUCCAGAGGGACAGGACAAUAAUGCUGAUGGGGAGCUCUUCACAAAAGAUUUCUGUGCGUCUUCAACCAGCAUUGAAACACAGAGCCACACAGACUGAUAGUGAUCUGUUAAAUGUGUGCCAAAACGUCCCCCCUCCCCCACAGCCAAGUCGAACACCAGACCACACCUACCUCCUCCCAGUCAAAGUUAACCCAUCCUCCUGCCCCAGCCCUGUGCCAAUCCGGAAGAGAGCUUACGUUAAGUGGGAAAACAAGGACUCUGUACGCAAAGCCAGAGAACAAGCGCGGAUGAAACCCAUCAAUCAGCAACUGGAGCAGGAAAAAUCUCUUCUAAAAGAGGAAAAUGCCAUCCUGAAGACCCAACUUAAAGAUGCCGAGAAGCGGAUUGAGACCUUGAGAGCAGAACUCAGAAAUUACACCCUGGACAGUAAACCUCACAGAAAGGGAUCAUAGCCUUUAGCUCUGAAGACAGAACAUAAAAAGUACAUUUUGUUUCCUACCCUGUUGCCAGCAUUGCUGACAAAUCUUGAGCAGUGUUGCAAUAGCCAAUCAUAGAUGUUGGAUUGUUCUUUACUAAGUUGUAUUUAUUGUGCAGUGCAACAAUCCAAUAACUCUUAUGAAUAACUUCAGUUCUGAAUAAAAGAAUAAGUAGGACAUCAGUUAUGUAUAACAUAUAAUCUGGUACCCAGUCUUCAUAUUGCACUUUUUUACUUCAGUGUUUCUGAUGGAAACUGACAGUAUUCUCUUACACCAGUUUGGGGAAACCCACCUGACCUUUGAUGCCUUGAAUCUAGAAUUUUAAAUGCAAAUUUAUUUCAGGUAUAAAAUUUGUAUUUUAUAAGUAUUCUAAAGACCAGAUUAAAAUGUGUAGCCAUUUGUAAACUAAGCUUGACCAUGAAGAAUCAUCAUGCCCAGAUUACAGCUGAAGUUUUGCCAGUGUGUGAUGUAUGAGUGCAUCUCUCAUGUAAAGCAGAGCAGUUAGUGUAUAGUAUGUACAGAUUUAUAUGUGAAUAUUGUCGUUUUCAGUAUCUAAUAUUUAUAUGAGAAAUGAUAAUGCCCUGGCUACUGAGACAGUAUCAUUAAACAGUUCAUAUUUGCUACAUGUUCUGGUUCUGGAAACUAGACAUCCUGGUUCAGGGAAUUUUAGGUAUUGUUAUUGUUUUUGUUUAUGUGCCAAAAACAGAAAAGCUAAAAUAAAAAUACUUCUAAUGGUGUAUUUGUCUAUAAAA